AUGUCUUUCAACAGAGACAGAGACCGCGAAAGGGACAGAGAAAGAGAUAAAGAAAGAGCCUAUCGAGAUUACAGGCAACUGAACAGUCGCGAUGACCGACGAGAUCGUGAUGCGAAUGACCAUCGGGACCAUGAAUCAGGACAUGAACAAGAGCGAUCUGCCCCUUUUUUGUCCUCAACUCGCACAUUGUUCGACUCUACCUUGACACUGUCUACCCCCAGCUCGGUAACCAGUGAGAGCGACACACCGCCGUGCAAGAAGGUUGCAGAUGUUAUGCGCAAUAUUCUGCAAUUACAAAACAAGAGGACGCCAAUCCAAGACCGAAAGAGUGCGCUGGAAAGACAUGUGAAGGAAAAGGAAGACAUGUACCUAAAGACAAAAUCAAAGCACAUCGAGUACCCCUCCUUAUCAGACACGCAGGAGAAUAAUCUUCGACGGUCGAGACAGGAACUGAAGCAGCUCGAAGAGGAAUUAGGAACGAUUGACCAAGAGCUAUCGCACACGUGCAACUGCUUUGCUGCGUCUCUGCUCAAAUCUCUUCCCGAAAUGCGGAAGAAUGAUAACACCUCUGCCCUUUCCAACCUCGAAAGCCGUUGCGACAAGAUGGAGAAAGAGCUGGAGGAAACACUCAAAGCCCAUGAAUCUACCGGAGAAAACCAAUUUCAGCUGAAGCUCGAGGAUGAAUUCACAGCUUACAAAGCGGAGUUGGAGAAACAGGCUGAACAGAGGCUUCAGGAGGUCUGUGAGGCACUACGAUUGGAGUUGCGAGAUGAGCUAAAACUGGGUCUCGAAGCGCAUCGAGCUAUGUUGGACGCACAGGCUGAAAAGAAGCUUGAAGAGAGCCGCCAGGCACUAAGAGCGGAGCUGCGGGACGAAUUCAAACAAAGACUCGAAAUGCAUCAAGCCGAAUUAGACGCACAUGCCGAGGAGAAGCUUGAGGAGAGCCGUCAGGCGCUGCGAGUGGAGUUUGCAAAAAGUCUGGACGACCACAGAAUUCAGCUGGCUAAUCAGUUCGAAGAGAGGUUAGGGCAGAUGCAUAAGAGGCGUCAAGCGGAGGUGGAUACGCAGCCUCAACAAAGACCCGGAGCUGGAGAGGAGCUCCAGGUUCGGGUAGCAGAGAUUUUUGACCAACUAGCCAGACUUGGCAAGAAAAUAAAGGAAGUUGAAGACGAUCAGGAGGACUUCUCAUCAGUCAGGGGCAGCCUCGAAAGUUUCAAGGCUAAACUAAAAGAAUAUUCGGAACAAGCAAACGCGAUGGAAAAUACUCUGCACAAUCUGCAAGACGGUUUCUCAUUGGCCAGGGGCAGUUUCGAGUCCCGACUAAACGCCUUUGAAAAAUCCAGCACAGAGCGUUCAGAACAAAUAAAAACGAUGCAAAAUAUAUUACGAGGUUGUGGAAACGGCGUCGAACUUAUGAUAACCAAUAUCAUCAAUCGAAUUGGCGUUGCGCUCGACAAGGCGAACGACAGAAUCACCGCUUUGGAGCGAAUCCCAGCACAAAGGUCUGGAGUUGUGCAAGAAGUUGGUUCUCGCAUUUCGGGCGAGGCAAACCGCCAGAUUCAAGAGGGAUUCUUUGUGCAUCAUCAAAAGUUGAUCACCGAUAUGGACAAAAAGUAUAGUAACUUCGUCAGGGACGUCAACGACAGGCACGAGCAGCUGGAAAAGACCUUCGAAGAGAAACACAUAUCUUUGGUCAAAACGAUUGAGGAAAAUUACAGCAAUUUAAGCAAUAUUUGCUGGGGGCUGGAGGACCAAUACCAAAACGUCAACUCCAAAGAUCUCUUCCAACGAAUAAUUGCCGAAGCCAGCAACAUGUUGCCCAACAGUGUGGGCAACCUGAGCACAGAAGUAAACAUUUUGAACGUCAGGCUUGCCAGGAUUGAGCAGCAGUUGGUGAAUGAGGAUAGACCAGACCAGAGAUUGCGCAAGCGACAACGGACGACCGACGAGUAG